AUGUCCACAGAUAUCCUUGCAGAGGCUCGCCCACUCAAGGCAAUCGUUAGUGACGCCGAGAAAAUGCCAUCAAAAGCCCCCAACGACGUCGAAAUCGAGUUUUCGUGGUCCAAACAGGAAGAGGCGGCAGCUUUGCGCAAACUGGAUUGCUACCUUAUGCCUCUAUUAGUCGCUGGCUUUUUCGUCCUCCAGCUCGACCGCAGCAACAUCAGUAAUGCCUUGACGGAUACUAUCACUGAGGACCUUGAUAUCACCAAGAACGAUGUUAACGUCGGGUCUCAGCUUAUGUCCGCUGGCAUUGUCAUCGCAGAGAUCCCUUCCAACCUCAUCCUGCAGCGCGUCAGUGCCCCUAUAUGGCUCACUUUCCAGAUGGGCGUCUGGGGAACAAUUGCCUUGACUCAAUCCUGGUGCACAAACAUCAAUUCCUUCUUAGCAACAAGGUUCUUGCUCGGUGUGUUCGAAGGCGGGUAUAUCCCUGCUGGGCAGUAUAUGCUGGCCCUGUUUUACACACGCGAGGAGUUGGCCCUGCGAACGGCCAUAUUCUACUUUGGUAACUACUCAGCCACGGCUAGCGGGUCUCUUAUUGCAGCCGGGAUUCUGAACUUGGGUGGAACGAUGGGACUUUCUGGGUGGCAGUGGUUGUUCAUCGGUUCGUCACUCUCCCUUUCCGUCAAUGCUUUAUUCUCCGUCUCGAUGUAG